GUUCGUUCGUAAGAAAGGAGAACAACGAGAAUGGAUAAGGAAAAAGAAUAGUCUGAAGGAAACGUACUACUUCUUUAAUGAGCUGCGUGCGUCGACAAUCGGGAACCGAUGCGAUUCUCAUAAACGAAAUUACGGCUAGAACUUCGUCCGACAUUCGCGAUUCAAUCGAAUUUUUAUUUGUUCGUCCACUCCUCCGGCGGAGGAUCGAAGUGAAAGAAUUAGAAGGGUACGUUUCACGUGUUGAACAAUCGAGCAACCGAUCCGACAAAGGAUUGGUCGGAGUAAACGCCAAAGGAAACGUGUUGGCAAACACGAAGGACAAAACCGGCGAAGAAGACCAACGAAGAAGGGAACGCAGCCUGUUCGAGGAACCCGAUCGAUGGGCCGGAAGCGUUCGUAUGAACGGCCUUAUUCAUUCAUCAGUGUCUAUCGAACAGUCUCCAAGAGACGAUGCAUCGUAGACCGAAUCGAGUCGUCCACUUCUGGUGAUCAGAAUGCGAUAGGCAUCGAGGAGUUAAGGCCCGAUGAGAAUGAGAGAGAAAGAGAAAAAGGCCGAGAGCAAUUUGUGAUGGUUUCUUUCCUGACCGUCUCGUUCAUUUCCCGCUCACUCACCUGUUUUCAUCGAAAACCGAGAAAGAGAUUAAAAAAAAAAAAAAGAAAAAAAGAGGACGAGAAAGAGAGAAAGAGAAUAGUACACGAUGGGAUGCGACACGCGCCGAAAGAGAAAACGGGUAUAGACACGACCGUGGUUCAUCAUCAGGGGCCUCUGAUAUCGAGCGCAGCCAUAAUCGGUAUCGUGAUCGCGGUACUGUUCAUUAUUAUUAUCGUGAUCGACGUGGUCUGCUGUUGCGCGCACAAGACAGGAAUCAUAUACUACGUGUGCGAACGUUCCCGCCGGAAGCCAGUGGACGAAGAGGACACGAAACUUGGCAGUCUUUACGGUUGGCGGUUUCCAUUGCCGUAUUGCGACCAAAAAAUGGCCAAUGUCGCCGGGGUCACGGCCAUCCAAGACUCGGGUAGUGGAAAAAAUACCAUUAAAUUGGUCAAACACACUGCCAUAGACGAGAAGGAGCCGCUGAAGGAAGAGAAGAAGAUCACGCCGAUCAUCGACUCGGGCCUCCGCCGUGAAACAUCCAUCACGUUCGACGGGAAGAGAUCCGUCUCGAAGACCGGUUUCGUCGGCAAGGAUUCAGCUGUCUAGAUAUUCUUCCGGCGUACUAGAUUGUAAUUCACUCGUGGUAACACGCGCGUACUUCCGGCCGAUGUGUUCUCGAACGAUACGAAAAAAGAAAAAGAAAAAGAAAAGGAAAGGAAACACGCAAGAACGAAGAGCCGCGCGGUUCGCCAAGAAUCUCUUCACCCUUGACCGAAUUCGAAUUUUCAGGAAACGACUGCCGCGACUCUACCUCGAGUUACGCGCGCGGGAAGGAACAUGGGACGCGACGUGACCUUGAGAGACGCGUUCGAGGUCCUCCGAAGGUAUCCACGACGCGCCAUCUCGCCGCGAUCGAAUGAAAACUCUCGCGUCCGUGUUUGGUUCGUUCGCGCGGGAUCUUCAACGAUCGACGCGAACUUCGACGAUUCGCCGUAGCAUUUAUUUGUAUAAGCCUGCCUGCACGAUCUUUCAUCAGUCCCCGGUAGUUCUUGUAUAUGUAUAAGAGAAAUAAACCUCACUCUACUACUCCACCUCUCCCCUUUCUCGCCAAAAUGUAAUCAUCGAAGCGUACGAGAAAUUGUAACGUAACAACGGCGUGAAACGAAUACGAAACGCGUUGUGAUCGAAGAUCGUGAUUCUGGGUAAGAGGAAACUAUCGAUAUAUCGACGUAACUUAGCGAAUACUCCAAGAAGGAGGAUUUUUAGAUAGAUCGCUUGCACGAGAAGGAAGGAAUGUACAAAAUUAAUCGCGAAAUUGGUAGAAGUUUGAUAAUUAGCGAUCGUUGCUUCGAGGCACCAUUUACUUUAGAUAAUCGCAGUCUAGUACGCUGGGUAGCACUGUGUUAUCAUGUGCACAGCACGCAACUAAAAAGAAAGAAA